CUUGCAUUGAUAGGUGACACUGAAAGGCAGCUCAGAUGGGCACUGAUAUGUGGCAUUGAUGUGCACUGGUAGGCACUGAUAUAUGGCAUUGAUGAGGCACUGAUGGGCACUGGCAGGUGGCAUUGAUGGGCAAUGACAUCUGGUAUUGAUGGGCACUGACAGGUGGUACUGCUGGGGCUACACUGAUCAUCAGGGCACACUGAUCAUCAGUGCCCUGAUGAUCAGUGUAAAUGUCCCCUCCGAGGAGAACUGCCAAUGUGACAGCUCAAGAGGAGAGAAAUGCCUAUAACUGGCAUUUCCCUAUUUACAUGUGAUCAGCUGUGAUUGGA